GCCGUGCUCAGAAGUAAUCUUCAUCGCCUCUCUCCCUCCUCCGUGUCGCGGCGGUGUUUUCGCUCCGGCCAUCCUGCUCCGGCGAGAGUCGCCAUGCCUCGACCACGCCGGGUUCCGGCCGCCGGCGCCGGGGGAACGGAGGCCGACGGUCGCGAGGGGGAGACGACGCCGUCGAUCCUGGACGACGCCCGCGACGGAGAAGUAGUAGGCCCGGAGGUCCUCCGGGAGCUGCGGGAGCGGUGGGAGCUCGCCUCCGUUCUCAACUUCUUAAGCGUUUUUGAGCCGGUAAUCGGGAAUGAGUUCAAGUUGUCCGCCGAGGAGAUCGAAGGAGGUCUGAUCAGGCCGAACUCUUCCAUCGCGCAGCUCCACAUCAAGCUCUUGAAGGGAAUUCGGCCUAUUAGCAAAGCAUUGGAUGGUUCUGAUGCAUGGGUGACUGUACUCUGUAAGAAACUGGACCCAUGGUGGCAGUGGGUUGCUGAGGGGAAUAUCCCAUUAACGCUGGCUAAUGGGAAGGAAAUAUCUCAGUACAAAGACCUUGAUCCGGUUGGUCGAUUACUUUUACUGAAAGCUCUAUGUGAACUCCGAGCCAUUCAAGAUGAUGCAGUGUCUUACAUAAACAACGCCCUUAAGGAUGGAACUCACAUAUCUUGUUUUCGCAAAGAAAAGCUUGCUAGUCAUGGAAAUGGAACUUCUUACUGGUAUGAUGGAAAUGCAACUGGUGGGUACAGGCUAUAUAAGGCUGUAUGUAUUCCCAAGUUGAAGGGUACCAACAGGGAUGAGCGCUGUGUACCUCUACCAUCCAGAAUGUUUCGGUGGGAAACACUUGCCACUAAUCUUGAUGAGUUUUCUGAAGUUGUGGAAGCACUUGCAUCAAGCAAAGGUGUAGCUGAAGUUGCCGUCAGUAGAAUCAUACAAUCUGAUAUAAUACCUGUCCUACAGAAAAUAAAGAAGAGCAAAGAAAGAGCUCUCAAGCGGGAAGAAAAACAAAAGAUGCUCCUAGAUAAUUUUAAGAGUUCCUAUGCAGUUGCUCGUCCUCGAUCCUGCCGGAAUCGUCGGCCUAUAAGUUACACAUUCGAGGAGUAUGAUCGGGCCAUUAAUGAGGCUAUACAAGUCACACAUAGGUCGACUGCUGAAGAUCAAAGGAAACAGUACAAGCAUUGUGAGCUUAGUAAAGAGGAUGAUAGCCACAAUGAGGAGACACAUUCACACGAAGGGAUUGAUAGAAUCAAUAUCUAUGAUGUUUCUGAGACUCAGAUUAACAGGCUUGAAGGAGCUAGAAAUGACAACACGGAUGAGGAAUAUGAUGGAAAAAACAUUGAUGAUGAUAGCAGUAGGUCAAAAAACUCGGAUGAGGACUGCCUUGGUAGCACAAUCGAUUCUCCUUCUAAUAUUAAUCAUCCAAAGAGGCAAAUUCAUGUUUCUCAUAGAGUGGCUGGAUCGCGCUGGAGCAAAAGGUUAGCUGGAGCUGCUGCUCAUGCAGUUGAGGAAAUGGGGACGUUGCACAUGAAGAAGUUGCUGAGUCAAAGACCCACUAGAAACUCUGCUCUAGACUUGGCUAUUAUACCCGAUUCAGAUGAUGAAAACCCAUUAGGGAACGCCAGCAGCAAGAUCAUUUUGGACUCUGCUGUGGUUAGUGACAGCGAGGAUGACACUUCCGACGUGUAACAAUUAGGCGAGUCAGGUUACGUGCAAGGCCCAUUAAUUUCCUUGAAUUUUGCGAUCUAGCAAGAAAAUUGUCUCAUUGUACAUGGAUGACAGGAUGCGCCUUUUUGCACAUAUUAUCUCCAGGCAGAGGAGGUCAGUUUUUGCAGAAUUUUCUGUGGAUGCUUUCUACUACGAUUGAGAAAGUUCCCUCAACCCUGACCACCCUCUUACCAGGACAUGACAAUGAUUUAGGACAUCUUUUCUUAAUUCUGCAAAAGGAAAGUAACUGUUCAUGAUAUUACUGCUGAUGGAGUCAGGAGUGGUUUUUUGCCUAUUGUAAUAGUGUUUGCAUAA